UUGAAUCUCAAGCUACUUACUGCUCUUCUGACUCACUGCCGGACUCCUCUACUCCGAGACACCCCUGAACCUCAGCACACACCGGGGUGCCACCAGCCCUCCAGCACACCUGCGCUCCACGUCGGGACACGCCCGCUCCCUUCCAGGUCCCGGGCUCUGCUCCUUGCAGCCUUCGCCCUCAAGACAGCCCAGCCCCUGCCAGGACCGGUGGGCAUCGAGAUGAAGGCGGCCCGCUUCGUGCUGCGCGGCGCCGGCACGCUGAGCCGCGCCAGCCUGGUCCCCCGCGAGGUCGACCAUUUCUCCCGCUACAGUCCGUCCCCGCUGUCCAUGAAGCAGCUGCUGGACUUCGGUUCAGAAAACGCAUGUGAAAGAACUUCUUUUGCGUUUUUGAGACAAGAACUGCCUGUGAGGCUUGCCAAUAUUCUGAAGGAAAUUGAUAUCCUUCCUGAUCGAUUAAUUACCACCUCUUCAGUGCAGCUAGUUAAAAGUUGGUACAUCCAGAGCUUGAUGGAUUUGGUGGAAUUCCAUGAGAAAAGUCCCGAAGACCAGAAAACAUUAUCAGAAUUUGUAGAUACUCUCAUCAAAGUUCGAAAUAGACACCAUAAUGUAGUUCCCACAAUGGCACAAGGAAUCAUAGAAUUUAAAGACGGUUGUACAGUUGACCCCGUCACCAAUCAAAAUCUUCAGUAUUUCUUGGAUCGAUUUUACAUGAACCGUAUUUCUACCCGGAUGCUAAUGAACCAGCACAUUCUUUUAUUUAGUGACUCAGAGACAGGAAACCCAAGCCACAUUGGAAGCAUUGACCCAAACUGUGAUGUAGUAGCAGUAGUCGAAGAUGCCUUUGAGUCUUCAAAGAUGCUUUGUGAUCAGUAUUAUUUAACAUCUCCAGAAUUAAAGCUCACACAAGUGAAUGGAAAAUCUCCAGGGCAACCGAUUCACAUUGUGUAUGUUCCUUCUCACCUUCACCAUAUGCUCUUUGAACUAUUCAAGAAUGCAAUGAGAGCAACAGUUGAACACCAGGAAAACUGGCCUUCCCUCACACCGAUCGAGGUGAUUGUUGUCUUGGGAAAAGAAGAUCUGACAAUUAAGAUUUCAGACAGAGGAGGUGGUGUUCCCUUGAGGAUCAUUGACCGCCUCUUCAGUUAUACGUACUCCACUGCACCAACACCUGUGAUGGAUAACUCCCGGAACGCUCCUUUGGCCGGUUUUGGUUAUGGCUUGCCAAUUUCUCGUCUCUAUGCCAAGUACUUUCAAGGAGACCUGAAUCUCUACUCUUUAUCAGGAUAUGGAACAGAUGCUAUCAUCUACUUAAAGGCUUUGUCUACUGAGUCUGUAGAAAAACUCCCAGUCUUCAACAAAUCAGCCUUUAAACACUAUCAGACAAUUACUGAGGCUGACGACUGGUGUAUCCCAAGCAAGGAACCAAAGAACCUGGGGAAGGCAAAAGUGGCUGUGUGAAGAGGGACACGCUGCACACCGUACGGGAUCAAAGUGGGUCUGUGCCAAUGCAGCUUCCUGAAUGUUUGCAUGCAAAUUCUUCUUCCCUGGGACACCGACAGCAGCAACAGAAACUCCUUGAUCAGAACACUGAGGGGAAGAGGAACAAAGCUCGUGACCCAGGCGAGCACAGAGCAGGGCGACAGGAGUUAACAGAUGGCCAGCUCUUUAUUCUUUCAACGUAGGUUUGUAUCGAACCCCGGAGAAGAUUUCAUCUCCUUAUCAACAGGAAUGGAAGAGAAAGUGAAGUGAAGAUAUAGGCGAUCAGUUUCCACAGACUGAUAUUUUAGACCUUUGGUUGAUACCAUAUUAGUAAUUUAUUGAACAUCGAGUGUCCAUUAUAUCAGCAUUUUCCUGCCAUCCAAAGGAGUGGGGCUUAGUUUAUACUAUAUGACUAGAAAUGUAUGUAUAUGUACAUUUUGUAUAUAUCUAUAUGCUCUAGGGAGGAAAAACUGGUGACUAAGAUAACAUACACUUUGAAUGACGAAUGAGUCAAAACGUUUUAUUCAAAGUUGCGACCAAGGCAUUGAACCUGUGUGAAAACUUCGAAGAAAGCCUCUUCUGAUAAAUGCAGGGCCUUUAUUAUGCUGCUUUCCCUGUUCACACAUCACAUAGUAAGUGAACACUUAUUGCCAGGUGCCUAGUCUUGGGUGAAUUUUAAAAUAUGCACUGAAUUCAGAAUGUUGGCAGUUGGAGGGAGAGAAGAAUUGUCAAGGUGAGAGCAAAACUCUCACUUUGCUUUGUUUAUAAAUGAAACAAUAGGUUGGAACACUGAUGUUAGGGAAAGAAACCAUGCAUUCAGAGCCUAACUCAGAGAGAUGGGCUGUUCUCCACCCUGCAGUGGUGGUAAUUCACAGGCAUCCAUUUUCUAGGUUUAAAAAGAUGUAUUUUUGAUACAUUUAAUUAUACUCUCUACACUCCGGCAUUAACAUCUCUGCAGAAACAAUCCUAAUUAUCAAAGAAUUCAAGAGCAUUAGAAUUUAAAUACUUCCUGGAGUGUUUUUAACAAGGGGAGUAAGAAGAUUUCAUGCCAGGAUGUUUUCAUCUGUGAAUCAUUGAGAUUGAGAGCUAAUGAAUGACAGCUGUAAUGCGUAAGGAAAUUUUGUGGAGUUCAGGUAUAAUAUGCAGGUUGAUGGGGCAGCCUAGUACAUUACUCUUAGAGAAGGAAUGAAAAAGCAAAAAAAGGAAGGAAGGAAGGAAGGAAGGAAGGAAGGAAGGAAGGAAGGAAGGAAGGAAGGAAGGAAAGGGCAUUUUGCUAUAUUCCCCACAAAUCAUUUCAAGAAAUAAUCCAUAUUUUCAUGGACAAAUUAUUGGCAAGAGGAUGAAUUGGUAUCUGAAAACAGUAUGACUUCUUGCAAUGGCUCUCUUGCUCUUGUAAGAUAAUAGGCUUUAAAGAGAUAAUAAACUCAUGUCAAAUCGAUGUUUAAACUGGGAUAUGGAGAAAACUAGGCUUCUCAAAAAUAAUCAGGACUGUGUACGUGUUCCUCAUUUGUAUUUAAUUUUGACAUGGCCUAGUGUUGUGGUGCUUCUGGGAGUGGCCAUAGAAGCCUCAAACCCUUUGUUUCGAAUUUCAGAUUUUAUCAUCAGAAGUCUUGAUAGGGACUUUUCUUGAUGAUGGGAUUUUGGUUUACGCACUUAUGAAUUACACAAAACUAUUUGCAAUAAGUAAUUUUAAUUCCCAGUUUUUACUGAAAUUUAAACAUUUUUGCAUGUAAAUACUUGUAUUUACCAAAGAUUUAAAGCAGUUGAUUAAUUAACCCAAACACUGUAAACUAUCAUUAAAACACUAGAGAAAAAGAAAUGUUGGUAUCUCAAUGACAUCAGCUGUGUAAAUGGCGUUCUAUAAAAUAGAAAUAGACUACACGGAUAUUUGUAAAACUUAUGAAAGAGCAUUAAGAUUUUACUGAAUAGAUGCUGAAUGUUCAGACCCACUUAAAUCAUUCAUGUAUAAAUUGUAUUUUUGCCUUUAGGUUAUGUACAGAGAAAUGUGAUAAUUUUGAUAAUAAAUAUUUUUA